GUAAUGUAAGGACACGAUUGUGAGCUGCCGUGAAACUGGAAGAGGAACAAGAACUUGUCAUUUCCGCCUCUUUUCUAACAUCUGUUGGCGGGAAGCUGCGGUAAUAACAUAACUCACAAUGUCCCGCAUUUUGAACAGUAUCGUGGCGGUAUGUCCUGACCUGGGCAUCGGGAAUAAUGGAAACCUGCCCUGGCAUCCUGUUAGACUCAACAACGAAUUCAAACAUUUCCGAAAGAUGACAUCGACGCCGUCUGAGAAAGGCAAGCAGAAUGUGGUGAUCAUGGGUAGGAAAACGUGGUUUUCCAUCCCAGAGAAGAACAGACCUCUAAACAACAGGAUCAACAUCAUCCUUAGCAGGGAGCUCAAAGUGCCCCCUGCAGGGGCACACCUGGCACCAGACUUCAGUUCGGCUCUCAGGCUGGUCGACUCGGAACUGGCAGAACAGGCUGACCAGGUCUGGGUUAUAGGGGGCAGCUCUGUCUACAAGGAGAUGAUGGAGAGCCUGGGGACCAGGAGACUGUUUAUCACACGAAUCCUGAAGCAGUUUGAGUGUGACACUUUCCUUCCUGAAAUCAGUCCAGACAAAUAUCAUCUGCUGCCAGAGUUUCCAGGAGUGCCCCAAGAGCUGCAGGAGGAGAAUGGUAUCCAGUACAGAUUUGAAGUGUAUGAAAGCAUCGAGCAAUGAACAGAAAUUAUAAAUAAAACCAAAACAAUGUAAAUCCUAAAAAGCACCUGUACUGUAUUGAUUAAAAAAAGGGUUUAUCCUUAACAUGAUCAUAUAUAU